GGCGGUUGCAGGUCCGUGAGGCGCGGCGGCGGGAGGGGCCGGCCCUGGGGGUGUCAGUGUCGUGACAGCGUCCGUGUCGUGACAAGCGGGAAGCCAUGCCGUUCUGGGAGCUGCAGCGGCAGCUGGGUAUCGAUAUGGACCGGUGGCUGCUGCGGCAGAGCAUGGCGCAGCCCUACGGGAAGGCCGGGGCCUGUCACGCCUUCGAGCGGGAGUGGGUGGAGUGCGGGCACGGCCUGGGCCAGACCCGCGCCCGCCGCGAGUGCCAGCCCGAGUACGAGGACUUCAUGGAGUGCAUGCACCGCACCAAGCUGGUGAGUGCCGCCGGAACCAUCCUCGAGCAGAGGGACAAGAUGAUCAAGGAAGGGAAGUACACGCCGCCCGACUACCACAAGGGCAAAGAGGAGCCGCGGCCUUGAUUCGCAGGGGACGUGGCCAUCGGUCACCUGUAGAGUCGUUGACGUGGAACUCCUCUGAGAAGAAAACCUGUGGCACAACCGGGUUACGCUGUAGCGGUGGGGUGGGGUCUGCGUGGGGGCUGAAGGGGAAUGACACCA